AUGGCCCCGAUGGGUCAGGACGAGGGAGGGAAGAAGCGCAAGUCGCGCGCUGACGAUGCCGAGGUCAAGAGGAGGGCGAAGAAGCCAAAGGACCCGCAAGCACCGAAACGUCCCGCGUCGUCGUAUCUCCUGUUCCAAAACGACGUUCGCAAUGAGCUCAAAGCAAAGAACCCCGGGAUGCGCAACAACGAGCUUCUGAGCGCGAUCGCCAAGUUGUGGUCGGAAAUGCCCCAGGAUCAGAAAGAUGCGUAUGAGAACCGUAACAAGGUCCUUAAGGAUCGAUGGCGGGAGGAGAAGGCGGCAUACGAGUCUGGCAAGACUGAUGGGUCUGCUGUACCUGUGAGUCCUAUCAGUUCGUUGCGAAACCUGCAUCACUUGACGCAUAUACCUUAG